UUCGUUUGCCUUUCCCCUAAACUUGAACGCAAACGAAGAAGACAAUGCACUUCUUCCUCUUCGUUAAAAUGUUUUCUUCUUCGACCAUAUUAUUGUUCAAUCUCGUAUUAUUUGUUCUUUUCUUGAAUACCAAGGCUCUCAUAAAGCUACCGCCAAAUCAAACCUUCCCAGCAGUCAUAGCAUUUGGAGAUUCAAUCGCUGAUACCGGAAACAACAACCAUCUAAAAACUGUUAUUAAGUGCAAUUUCCCCCCGUAUGGCAAGGAUUUUGAAGGUCAAAUUCCAACAGGUAGAUUCGGCAAUGGAAAGGUCUCUUCAGACUUGAUAGCGGAGGAAUUGGGAGUGAAAGGCCUUGUGCCAGCAUAUUUGGAUCCAAAUCUGCAACCUCAAGACUUAAUCACAGGCGUAUGCUUCGCUUCAGGUGGCGCAGGAUAUGAUCCCUUGACACCCAAAAUAGUGUCAGUCCUAUCACUGUCGGAUCAAAUAGAAAUGUUCAAAGAAUACAUAUCAAAGCUUAAAGGAAUUGUUGGAGAAGAGAGGACAAACUUCAUCUUGGCCAAUAGUCUAUGUCUUGUGGUGGCGGGCAGCGACGACAUUGCCAAUACAUAUUUUGUUGAGCAUGCGCGGGAGUUGCAGUACGAUAUCCCUAGUUACACUGACCUUAUGGCCAACAACGCUGUCAAAUUCUUUAAGGAAAUAUAUGGGCUAGGGGCUCGGAGGAUUGGAAUAUUGAGUGCGCCGCCAAUUGGAUGUGUGCCUUCACAAAGAACUCUAGCCGGAGGAAUACUUAGAGAGUGUGCAGAUAAAUACAACGUAGCAGCAAAGUUGUUCAAUUCUAAACUGUCUUCGGCUGUGGAUUCUCUUAACCGGAACCUGCCCAACAGCAAGAUGGUCUACAUUGAUGUUUACACUCCUCUACUUGAUCUCAUUCAGAACCCUACAAAAUAUGGGUUUGAGUUUGUGGAUAAAGGUUGCUGUGGUACGGGAGCUUUAGAGGUAGCUAUACUGUGUAACCCAGCUUCUGCCACCUGUCCAGAUGUAUCUCAGUAUGUUUUUUGGGAUAGUUAUCAUCCCACUGAAGGAGCAUACAGGACCCUUAUUGUUCCAGUCCUCCAAAAGUAUGUCCCUCUCUUCUUCUGAGGCAACUGAUCGAAUUCUACCACCUACACUCCAAUCAAUCUCCGUCAAUUGCUCCUUCCCUCAACUGCAACGGUGAUUUUGGCUAGCCUUUCAUAAUUCGUUUAUAUAUAUAUAUAUAUAUAUAUAUAU